GGCCUGACUUCAAACCGGAAAGCUUUGCACAAUGAAAUACAUUGUCGUACUUCUGUUGGUGGCAGCCAUGGCGGCCUGUGUCCUGGCGGGAGGCUCUGGAGGCGGUUAUGGUGGGGGCUAUGGAGGAGGCCGUGGAGGCUAUAGCGGAGGCUAUGGUGGGGGCUACGGAGGAGGCUUUGGAGGCGGUUAUGGUGGCGGCUACGGCGGCGGUCGUGGAGGCUAUGGAGGCGGUUAUGGCGGCGGUCUCGGAGGCUAUGGUGGGGGCUACGGAGGCGGUAAUGGAGGCUAUGGAGGCGGUUAUGGUGGGGGCUACGGAGGCGGUCGCGGAGGCGGUUAUGGCGGGGGUCGCGGAGGCUAUGGAGGCGGUUAUGGUGGCGGCUACGGAGGCGGUCGUGGAGGAGGCUAUGGUGGCGGCUACAGCAGUGGCUACGGAUACGGGAAAUAAUAAUU